AUUUAUGGCUCAAGAUUUCGAGGGGCCGUCGCCGGCCUCCCAGGGCUCCCUUCGGGCGUGUCUCGUUUCCCUCAGCUCUGCAUCACAUCAGCAGACGGCAUGAUGCUCCGUCGCACGUCUCACAGCGUCGGCGCGCUGCUCCUGCUGCUGGUAGCGCGCGGCGCCGAGGGCUCGGCGAGCGGUCGCCCCCGCGAGCCGCAGGCCGAGUUCGGCAGGCGCCAGGCUAGCAGCGGCGCGCAGUCGCUCAAGCUCUUGGCGGGUGAUGGGGUCACCUACAACGCGUUCGGUAAAUCGGUGGCCGUGAGCUCCGACGGGGCCCGCGUGGUGGUGGGGGCCGACUACUACUACUACGAUGCCGAAGACGCUAAGGGCUCCGCGUACGUGCUCGACGGGGCCACGGGCGAGAGGCUGCUCAAGCUUGUGGCGAGUGAUGGGGCCAAGUUGGACAGCUUCGGUAAUUCGGUGGCCGUGAGCUCCGACGGGGCCCGCGUGGUGGUGGGGGCCUUCUAUGACGACGACCAGGGGGACAGAUCUGGCUCCGCGUACGUGUUCGACGGUACCACCGGCGAGAGGCUGCUCAAGCUUGCUGCUCAAGCUUGUGGCGAGUGAUGGGGCCAAGUUGGACAGCUUCGGUAAUUCGGUGGCCGUGAGCUCCGACGGGGCCCGCGUGGUGGUGGGGGCCUUCUAUGACGACGACCAGGGGGACAGAUCUGGCUCCGCGUACGUGUUCGACGGUACCACCGGCGAGAGGCUGCUCAAGCUUGUGGCGAGUGAUGGGGCCGCAAGCGACCAUUUCGGCAUCUCGGUGGCCGUGAGCUCCGACGGGGCCCGCGUGGUGGUGGGGGCCAAGGGUGACGACGACCAGGGGAACAAUGCUGGCUCCGCGUACGUGCUCGACGGUACCACCGGCGAGAGGCUGCUCAAGCUUCUGGCGAAUGAUGGGGCCGCAGGCGACGAGUUCGGUUACUCGGUGGCCGUGAGCUCCGACGGGGCCCGCGUGGUGGUGGGGGCCGCGGGUGACGAAGACCAGGGGGACAGAUCUGGCUCCGCGUACGUGUUCGACGGUACCACCGGCGAGAGGCUGCUCAAGCUUCUGGCGAGUGAUGGGGCCGCAGGCGACGAGUUCGGCAUCUCGGUGUCCGUGAGCUCCGACGGGGCCCGCGUGGUGGUGGGGGCCGCGGGUGACGACGACCAGGGCAGCGGUUCCGGCUCCGCGUACGUGCUCGACGGUACCACCGGCGAGAGGCUGCUCAAGCUUGUGGCGAGUGAUGGGGCCGCAGGCGACUUUUUCGGUAAUCCGGUGGCCGUGAGCUCCGACGGGGCCCGCGUGGUGGUGGGGGCCGCGGGUGACAACGACCAGGGCCAGGGCAACGAUGCUGGCUCCGCGUACGUGCUCGACGGUACCACCGGCGAGAGGCUGCUCAAGCUUGUGGCGAGUGAUGGGGCCGAAUACAACGCCUUUGGUAAUUCGGUGGCCGUGAGCUCCGACGGGGCCCGCGUGGUGGUGGGGGCCUACUAUGACGACGAUCAGGGCUAUCACUCUGGCUCCGCGUACGUGUUCGACUUCACCAUCGUCACCACUGAGACAACAGCCACGACGACCACCGAUACGGGCACGAGUUCCGCAACGUCAAGCACUACUACCAUCAUCAAGACAACCACCAAGACGGCCACGACUACCACCGAUACGGGCAUGAGUUCGGAGACGUCAAACACCACAGCCACCACCGAGCCAUGGAGAUUCAUUGCAGUCUUCGCUGGUGUCUUGAUCUUGUUCUUGGUCUGAGGCGUCGCGCUGGGCUGCCUGGUCCCUCCGGACGGGCCUCGAAGCGGCCCCUGGACCUCGCAGGGCGUUUUGCCAAGCCUUCGCAACGCACCCAGGGCGAUCAGGGAGGUCACUGGAGACGUCCCAAAGACCCCCAAGACAGCACAAGAGCGCUCGAAGAAGCCGUCAUACCCCGAAAGAUCG